AUGGGACGUCAUUUUGUCGAACUCAUGUACCAGUUCAUGACACUUGACAGGGGUCUCCCUAUGCACCGCAACCAUUUUCUGCGGCGUCAAGGGGAGGAGAUGGCGCGCAGUUGGAUUCAGUUUACCAGUGGACUCCCACCGAUGGCUGGUGCAAAGCCAUAUGAUCUAGAAGAGGGCAGCAUCAUGAUCUGUAAUAUGCUGCAGGGGUGGACUGUGAGGCCCAGAGCGGAGAAUGGGGAGAUUGGCCGCAAUGACCCAUAG